GAAAAUUCCCAGAGGCAGCUGGUGGAGUUGCAGCGGAAACUGAGGGAGAUAGGACAGCAGUUGACCAAUUGCCGAGGACAAGUUUCUGAACUACAGUUAAGUCUUUCAACAGCACAGGAAACAAUAAAUCAAUUGCGGAACCAAGAAACACGUGACUGGGUUAUUCCCCGGGACGAAAUUCAAAUCACAGAGAAAUACCUUGGGAGGGGAGGAUGGGGAAUUGUCAAUGAGGGAACGUAUUGUGGCUGUACUGUAGCAGUGAAACAGAUCCAUGAGUUGAUUCUUUCUCCUCAUAACAUGAACCUGUUUGAAAGAGAAAUGAAUAUCGCUUCUAAAUGCCGCCAUCCUCACUUACUACAGUUCAUCGGCGCCACGAAAGAUGAGGGAACUCCUCUUUUUGUGACUGAGCUGAUGGAGAAAAGUCUUCGCACUUUGUUGGAGCAGCGGCAACUCUCCGAGACAGAAAUAGCAGUUAUUUCUCUGGAUGUAGCACGUGCCCUGAACUACCUUCAUCGAAAGAAACCAGAGCCUAUCAUUCACCGUGACGUCAGCAGUGCGAAUGUGUUGCUAUGGCGACAGGGUGACCAAUGGAGAGGCAAAGUGUCAGAUUAUGGCACUGCUAAUUUCAUGCAGCAGACCAUGACGGUGGCUCCUGGAGCUAUGAUUUACAGCGCACCUGAAGCACUUACAUCAAACCAAACAGUCAAGGUAAGUUUUAGUCACUGUUCAAGGCUG